UUUCAGCCGUCUGCAAAUCGAAGCCCGUCGGCUAACGCCUCUGGAAUACGCUGGUGACGACAGCGGUUUACUUCUGCAUAACUAGAAUCGUUCCUCGGAUAAAUUUCGGCAGUGGUUGCCCUCCGACCACAGCUGAGUGAUGCUGGCGUCGCUGUAUAACGGCAGUGGAUGAACACGUUAGCAUUGAUCGUAUUGUCUCAGGGAGCCAGCUAGCUCAGCGUAAGUCGCUAGCCUGAAGUGUUGAACCAGAGAGCUAGCAAGCCAAUGUCUUAGUGCGCUCGGUGGAAGGCACAGGGAAAGGUUUAGUCGAAACUUUACUCGGGGAAGGACUACGAGGAAAUAAAAGGAAAAUGGCUUGUGAGCCCAACCGUGUCAAGCUGCUAUGUAUGCUCUCGUUGACUUUUGGUUUUUUUAUCGUCGAAGUGGUGGUCAGCCGGAUAACUUCAUCUCUGUCGAUGCUGUCGGACUCCUUUCAUAUGCUGUCGGAUGUCAUUGCCUUGGUAGUGGCUCUGGUCGCGGUGAGAUUCGCUGAGAAAACCCAGGCGACCAACAAAAACACCUUCGGCUGGAUCCGGGCGGAGGUGAUGGGGGCUCUGGUCAACGCAGUGUUCCUCACUGCGCUGUGCUUCACCAUCGUCCUGGAGGCUGUAGAGCGCUUCACAGAGCCCCAUGAGAUCGAGAGCCCGGUGGUGGUGGCCGGGGUCGGUGCUGCCGGGCUGGUGGUCAACCUUCUCGGACUCUGCUUGUUCCACGGACACGCAGGCGGAGGCCACGGACACUCACACGGAGGUCAUGGGCACUCUCAUGGAAACAAGAACAAGAGGGUAAAAACCAAGUCUAAGAAGGCUGGAAAUGGAUCUACUUUAGAAGAGACCAACAACCUAGUGGGGAACCACAGCAGCCCUGGUGAGGCCAGGCAGAGAAAUGAAUUAAGCCGUAAAGGGAGCACAGAGGUGCAGAUGAAUGGAAACACCCACUAUGAAGAGAUGGACCAUGGCCAUGAACACGACUCAUCGCAGCUCAACAUGCGUGGAGUGUUCUUGCACGUGCUUGGUGACGCCCUGGGCUCUGUCAUUGUGGUGGUCAAUGCUAUUAUAUUUACCUUUGUGUGGAAGCCCUGCAAAGCCCACGAAACAUGCAUCAACCCAUGUAUCAACAGCCACACUACGGACCACCAGCACGUCAACCACACAUUGAUCAACCUGCUGGAAGGUCCCACUGUGUCACCCAUGACGGUUGCUGGUCCCUGCUGGGUUCUCUACCUGGAUCCCACACUCUGCAUCAUUAUGGUGUGCAUCCUGCUAUACACCACCUACCCCCUGCUCAAAGAGUCAGCCCUCAUCCUGCUGCAGACCGUGCCUAAGCAGAUCAACAUGCACCGCCUCAACGAGCGGCUUCUGAGUCUGGAUGGCGUCCUUGCAAUCCACGAGCUACACAUAUGGCAGCUGGCCGGCAGUCGCAUCAUAGCAACGGCGCACAUCAAGUGCCACGACCCCACGUCAUAUAUGGACGUGGCCAAGCGGAUCAAGGACUUCUUCCACGACGAGGGCAUCCACGCCACCACCAUCCAGCCAGAGUUUGUCACAUUUAGCUCGGAGUCUCGAGACUCCCUGUGCGAGCUCUCCUGUCGGACUCAGUGCGCUCCCAAGCUGUGCUGUGGCUCAGGGGACAAACAGGGUGCAGGCCCUGAGAGGAAGACCAGUAGUGACUGCAGAGCUGCAGCCUCAGCCCUGGAGGUGAUAAAUGAGACCCCAGAGCAGGCUGCAGCCAUUCAGGUGUGCCCUCGCUCAGAGGCUGAGGUCAUGAUAGCCAGAGAGGUGGAGUCAUCUCUGUGAGAUGGAGGGGAUGGAGAGAAGCAGAGGAGAAGCUGGAAAACCAUUGCAUCAGGCUCAUCCUCAUUGUCAUUGGUGCUGUUUUCUUUUAGAUCUGUGUCUCUGUCACAGACAUACUUUCCUCAGCCUUACAUUCUCUGUCAUUGCCUCUUGUUUUAGGUAAAAUUUCCCCCAAAACCCUCCGUGAUCAUACAUUUGAACUUUUUUAUUCCACUUUGAUGACUCUGUUUACCGAUUUCCAACCCCCCCAGCCUCUCCUCUGCCCUUCUCUUGUUGUCUGUUGCCCUGGCAGUGUCGUGGCCAUGCAUGUUGGGGUUCACUGACCUAUCUCCUCCAGGACCGGAGCGAGGCCUGCAUGAGUGUCCCUCAUUAGCACCGUGUUGUGAUGUGUCAUCUUGUCCCAUGGUGUUUCUGUGCCAAAACUUGUCACUGCAGGAUUGAAAGGAUCCAAGCGAGUCCCCCUCCACUCUUUGAAAAGGACACACACAAAAAAAUGCAAGUCAGAGCACACACCAUUAGGUUAUUUUGUUUAGCCUACAGACCUGUUGGCAAAGAGUCUACCUUUGUUGUCUUUAGCAUAGGCUUUAAGCAGAUCUAUUUUCUUACUCUGGCCCAAAAUUGAAGAGUAUUGUAUUGCAUACUAAUUUAAGUAUUUAAGUUAUUAGAAAAGCUCUAUUUCUCUCUGUAGAUGCUGUUUAAUAUUUAGUUUGGAUUAUAGAAUCAUUUUUGCAAUUUUUUUUCUGUCUUGAAUAUUUGACAGAACAUCUAUGCUGUAGUCAGGUUUUUUAUUAUUAAAGGUUAUGUUUUUUAAUGAUUCUACUUCUCAAGACUUUCCUCUGGCCUUGACUCAGUUGAAAUUGCAGUCCUAAGUUGAAUACAAAAGCCGUAUCUACAACCUCUUUCACAUUGCCUUGUAAACUCAAACAACUGCUGUGGUAAAGCACUGAGUGUAGUCAACACAGAAUAACGGAACUUGUUGCAAUGGCACAGUCACCUAAUUAAAUGUUCCUUUAUCAUUUUGAUGCCUUGCAAGCCAGAGGGUCAAGUCUGUUGUGAAGCAAUUAGCACUGUAUGCUAUUAUGAGUAAUGAAACACUAUUCUCUGAUUCUGUAAUGGAAAGCUUUCCGAUGGUGGCUGUUGAUUUUAGUUAAAUAUCCUGAUGAAUGUGUUCGGCACCUAGUCACUCUCCAUGCUGGAAUAUGGUGUUUCCAGGACGUUCUACUAUGUUUGCAUGACCAAACUGAGACCUGGUGUUCGACUUUUAUGAGCUCCACUUUGAGCUCCAGUUGCUGCUUACCAGUUUCUGCUGGUAUCCCCCAACAUUAGUCAUAACUGUGUAGGGAAUGACUCAUCUUGUAGUUCUUCUGUCCUCUGCUGUGGACUGCUGAGCCAGCUUUUUGUUUCUCUUGCUGAAUUGAAGUCCAUAUAGUGGCCUUUGAAAUUUUAUGGAUUUUCCCUCAUCACCACAGAUAUCAUUAGAAGGUGAUCCAUCAAUGUGUCUCCACUCCCAAUUUAAUGUGUAUGCAAUAUACUGUGUGAUGGGAAAUAUAUUUGAUGCGUUCCUCCAUUUGUAAUGUUGGGUCACUUUUAUUCUUUGUCUUUAAAGACUUGAGCUCUAUGUGCAAAUUGAAAACAAGUGUUUUUUAAUUUUAGAUAUGACAUGUCAACUGAUGUGUUUUUGAUAUACUAUAUAUCAACAGUACUGUCCAAUGUGUCAUUGUGAAAUAAAAAAAAUAUGGCUGUUUGGUACAGUUUAUCAA